UUUCAACUAAUUCUGACUUCAAAAUCUCAAAAAAAAUCCACAAAUUAUCUAAAAACAAAGUUCAUUCACAAAAGAAACAUCAACAAAUGUGUUAAUUAAGUUCAUAUUAAUAUCGUAAACUGGCCCAUCAACUCAAACACAUCAGACAAAACCGCUUUAGCUCAUUAAAAAAGCAUCUACAGCCAACAAAGAAUCUACAAACACCAUCAAAAUUAAAGAACCAUCUGCAAAAAAAAUAAUCUAAAAUUGCAAUAAAAAAUAUUCAUCAAAAUAAAAACAAAAUGCAUAAAGGAAGCACGACAAACCUCGACGUAUCUAAUCACGUCCGAUGGCAAAUACCACGAGCAUCCCUCUCAUCUGGUUCUCGAUCAAUUUACAGUUCGACUGAUUCAAUUCAAGGAAGUCUUAACAGACCCAAUCAGCUACAGAAGCUUAACAAAAGAAAUAUGAGACGUGAAAGUUACUCAAUUGAAAGUGAAGGAACGAAAAAGAAAUUCAAUGAGAGACGAGAUGAAGGACCUUACUCCAUGCCAUCAUCAUCUGUCUCAUCACUAUCAUCAACAAUGCAGCCAAAUAAAAAGUUCAGUCGAAGGAAAUUCUCAGAGAAUGUAAUCAUGAAUGGAAGUCAAAUUGAUGAAUUAACAGCAGUUGCUGAUGAGAGAGUUCAUGGCAGUUCAUCACGUUCAUCUUCACAAGGGUCAUCAUCGAAUAGUCUACACAGCGCAUCCUCGUUGCUACUUAGUGUUCAGAAUCUAGAAAAAUUUACUCGAAUGACAAACAAUCAAGAUAGAAUAAACAAAUUAAGGAUGAAUCCCCAAAAUGAAUGUGAUAAUGAGAAUAACAAACUUCAGUCAUCAGCAGCAACUAACAAUCAUAUGACAAUAGAUAUGAAUAAGAUAAUUGAUGAUAAGACAACAAAUGGUAAUAACAAUGAUGAUAUAGACACAGCAUGUAGUCAGAAUUAUCAACUAAGGCGUAAAGAUCACGAUCAGCUAUCAAUUGCAUCAUCGACACACUUUACUCUCGUCAAUGGAUGCGGACGAUCAUCAAAUUUGAAAGCACAAAACUCAUUUUGCCGUCAUGGGCGUCAAAUUACUAUUCUUAUUGUGACAAUGACUAUUUUCUUUACAAUUGGCAUCCUCUUCGUGCUUUACCUUAUGGAUCGUCGAGCUAAGGCAAUGCCAGCAUUUCAUCAAUAAAUUCGUGAUGCAGGAAUGGGAGUGUAUCUUAUAGCCCUGUUCUGACAUCAACAGCAGUUGACGUCAUGGAUAAUGAAAACUAUAACUUCGUCAAAUUGCUUUUUAAAAAUGUAGUUAAACUUUUUUUGUGAUUAAUUUAAAUUAUAUGGCAACGCUCAGCACGUGAAUAUGUAUCGUAUGUAAUUCCCACUUUUUAUUCUUCUAGUCAAUUAGCAGUUAAGAGACGAAAUUUAUAUCUGCAUGCUCCAUGUGACUUCUUUCUUAUUAUCUAUAGUGUAAUUUUUUAUUGUGGCUACUGAAUUGAAUAUUUUAAAAUUAAAAAAGUUGCAUGGAGAUUUUUUAUUGGUUUUCUGAGUUGCACAUUGUGGAUUUGCAUUUGUUUUUAACCUGAGGAACUGUCUAGGGAUGUGUUGAGGAUUAUUUGCUAGUAAUUUACUUGAUUUUCUGCACAAAAAUUAAUAAAAAUUGAUUUUCACUAGAAAAGUUUUUGUUCAGAACUUUGCAAUUUUGCAUCAUUUUGAGAACCUCUCAAUAUUUUUGCAUCAAUCUGUAGAUAUUUUCAAUGUUUUUGGAUCGUUUUGAGUACCCUACAAAACUCUUCGCAUUAUUUGAGAGGAC